AUGUUCUUUUCAACCAUCCUCGGCCCUCUCCUUCUCGUCGCCAGCUCAGCUCUGGCGGCUGCCAAUCCGGAACAGCCCUUUUCUUCCCUUGUGGCUACCCAUCUUCAGGUUCCUGUUGACUUGGUCGACGAGCUCCUGAUUGACAACACGACUGAGCACCUCACGAGCCUUGACAUCGCCAAAUGGGCUCCUGCUCUUGGCCAGCCUGUCGAGGUUCUCACUGGACUGGACUCUGAAAGCAAGUUCAAGGUGUUCCACUUCCUGUACACGGCUAUUUCCGAGGGACCUGGAGGGCUGUCCAAGCGUGACCAGGCGACUGCCGACGAAGAUGCUGCGAUCAUCAGGUCAAAGACAUCAAAUUACCAAAGCACCAUCGUGACCGAGCAGGCGGAAGAUGAUGCUCGCUGCAAAACCACCACUAGCUGCGUCCUCUGUAUUGGCGCGGCUGCGACUGCUGCGACCGGUAGCAUUGCUAGCUGUUCUGCAGUUGCGCUGAGAGCUAACAAUCUUCGCGUUGCAAACGCUAGCCCACAGGCUGCUGAAGUCAAUGGUGCGGUCAUCAUUGCUGAGCUAGUUUCAUGCGCUGCUAAGCCUCUUACUGCUUUUAUCGUUGCUACUGGCGUCUGCAUCAAGGCUACAGGCAAUUAG